AACAAAAACGAGUCUAGGACGAUCAGCAGUGUCUCCACCACACCAAUGAAAUCGCGGCGGCUAAACGUCUCAGACGAUCGUCUAACCAUUUCUCGACGCAACACGCGAUCGAUAACCUUAGUAAAUGGAAGAGGAAAUUCAUUGCCGAUCUCAAUUGACCUCGUUAUCGAGAUAUUCUCGUGGCUGCCGGCGAAAUCCAUAGCUAGAUGUCGUUGCGUGUCGAAGCUCUGGAACGCCGUACUCCGCCGCCCAGAUUUCACGGAGUUGCACUUGAGCAGAUCUUCUUCCAGCCCGAAGCUCUUGUUCGUCUUGCGCAACAUGAAUGGGUUCGUCUUCUUCACCUCACAUCUGCCUCAAAAUCCUGUUGAUAACUCGUCCAUUGCUGUAGCCUCCAAUCGUCUUAGCCAUUUCCCUUGUCGCAAUGGAAUCGUUGGUCCAAGUAACGGCUUCGUCCUUCUUAGAGGUGUCAUGGGAAUGAAAAAGCAUUUGUUUGUGUCGUUGCUAUUUAACCCCAGCACCGGACAAGUGUUACCUUUACCAGCAGUGAACACGAGGAGCAGGAGGUUUGGGAUGAUUAUUUGUAUGGGGUGUGAUUCAGUUAACAAACAGUUAAAGGUAUUGUCCGUUACCUUGUCUGAUGAAGGAUCAGAUUUUGAGAAAUUUGAGUAUCAAGUUCUGACGGUAGGAAUUGGAAAACCAUCAUGGAGAAUGGUCGAAUGUUGCAGACCGCAUUUACCCGGAACUCGAAAGAUAUGCAUCAAUGGUGUUUACUACUAUACAGCUCGUGUCAACAUGUUUUCUAGAGACUCUGUAAUAGUUUGUUUUGAUUUUAUUUCUGAGAAGUUCAGCUUUCUGAACCUCAGUGGACCGAUGGAAGCUCCAACAGAUCUGAUUAAUUACAAUGGCAAGCUAGGUUUGCUUGUGUCUGACUUUUGUCAUGGAGGAAAUACAAGAUUCGAGUUAUGGGUUCUUCAAGACUUGGAGAAAAAGGAAUGGUCGCAUCAUGUUUAUGUAUUUUCUCCUGUUUGGCAGAAUGCAGUUGAGAAGACCAUCUUACACUUAUCUGGAGUGGUUGGUACAACUGAAUUUGUGUUUUUGCCGAUGACACUGUCUGAUCCUUUCUAUGUUUUCUACUACAAUGUCGAGAAGAACACUGUCGUUAGAGUUGGAGUCCGAGGAAUGGAAGCGUUUAAACGUUAUAGUGUUGACGCCUUUGCAAAUCAUGUAGAGAAUGUGGAGCUUAUUCGAGCAUUUUAGGAAUCUGUAACUUGAGAUUGUGUAACAUUAACUUGUUUGGCUCUUUAAGUUCUUAUCUGACAAGGAUUAAUGACCAUGUGUACUAGUUAUCAUUUUGUUUGCUUAUUGGACAUUAGUAUGUUUUGUUUCCUGUGAUAAAAGGGAUAUGCAUCUGAUAGGUU